AUGAAACGAACGGCGUCAUUUUCCUACGUUUUUAUUUGUGUAAUCGUCUCCAUAGGUGCGGCGUCAGCGGCGUUGCUCGAGUCGUCCUCCGUUCCGUCGCUAGCCGUGCCCCUCGAUGCGUCCCUUCAACAGAAAGUGAAAUGGAAGAUCGUCGAGGUCUAUAAAUACAAGUUCCGACCCACACACAAAAAAAAAAGUGGUGGGAGACAAAGGAGCAUCCGGGAAAAUGUGGUUGAAGAUACUCAAGUAAGUUGA